AUGGGCACCCCCCUCGCCCUUGAGGCAAUCGCCAAUGGCGGAUCCGCCAAGAAGGCUGCUCGCGAUUGGGGCGUCCUGAGGGCAACUCUUUACAAUCGCAUGCAUGGUCACGAAUGCAGAAAGGAUGCAUUUUCUGCUCUUCAGAGGCUUUCUCAGACACAGGAAAAGCAACUUACCGAAUGGAUUCUCAUUCAGGACGCCUUGGGCCUUCCUCCCACUCACUCGCAGAUCAGGCAGUUCGCGCAGCGCAUGCUCGCCGUCAAAGGAGACCACACACCGCUCGGAAAACACUGGAUGCAAGCAUUUUUAAGACGAAAUCCUGCAGUUCGACCCAGAAGUGCCAUCACAGAGACUCUGCGCGUGUCAACGGCGCUUCUACCGAGGUACAACAUGGAUGAAGCAGGCAUCAUGGAAGGACUUGGGGAGAAUGGCCUGGUCGUUGGCAGUGCUGAAAAACGAUCUGUACAAAAGAAGACGCCUGGUUCUCGGGUCUGGACGUCGUUCAUCGAGUGCGUGUCCGCUGCCGGCACCUUCCUCCUCCACUCGUCAUUUUCAAGGGCAAAUCGGUCCAGAAACAGUGGUUCCCAGAAGAUCUCAGUACUUUUAGUGACUGGCAAUUCACUGCGACAAAGAACGGCUGGACUUCGGACCAAACUGCGGUGGAGUGGCUCGAAAGGUGUUCAUUCCAAGAACCCAGCCACCCGACCCUUCGGAGCGAAGACUGCUAGUAUUGGACGGCCACGGAAGUCACGAGACGGUUGA